AUGGCGAUACUUAAAGAAUGUGGCUAUAUGGGGGACAUGAGGGGAGCUAAAGAAGCAAAUGGCAAUAGAGCUGAGAGUUUGGGACUUCUCCCAGAAAGCAUGUUCCUGAACACAUCUUCCGUGUUUCAGCUGUCUGGGGAUGACUGGUGGCAAGAACAGAUGGCUGAUGAGGGACUCACCAUGCAGAUCACCUUCAAUGGACUCAGAGCCCUGGUGACCGGUGCAGGGAAAGGGAUUGGAAGGGAUACAGUGAAGGCGCUGCAUGACUCUGGGGCCAAAGUGGUGGCUGUGAGCAGAACUAAAGAGGACCUGGUCAGUCUUUCCAAGGAGUGUCCAGGAUUAGAGCCAGUCUGCGUGGACCUGGGAGAUUGGGAGGCUACUUCACGAGCUCUGGGAAACAUAGGUCCUGUAGACCUAUUGGUAAACAAUGCAGGUGUACUUCUGCAGGAGCCCUUUUUGGAGGUCUCCAAGGAGGCUUUUGACAGGACCAUCAAUGUGAAUCUUCGCUCUGUGAUCCAGGUAUCCCAGAUUGUUGCCAGAGGGAUGAUUGCUCGUGGGGUCCCAGGAUCCAUUGUCAAUGUCUCCAGCUUGGUCUCUCGAGCCACUAUUCCUACCUUGACCAGCUACAGUUCCACUAAAGGUGCAAUGGACAUGCUGACUAAGGUGAUGGCCCUGGAGCUUGGGCCACACAAGAUCCGAGUAAAUACAGUGAACCCCACAGUCGUCCUCACUAACAUGGGAAGAAAGGUCUCUGCAAAUCCAGAAUUUGCUAAUGCUCUAAAGGAACGCACUCCUCUGAAGAAGUUUGCAGGUAUGUAUAUGUCUGUAUCCAUAGGUAGAGUGAGGAGGAUGACCAUUGAGGUGGAAGAUGUGGUUUACAGCAUCCUCUUUCUUCUGAGCGACAAAAGUGCUAUGACCCAUGGCUCAGGCAUUCUGGUUGAUGGCGGGUAUCUGGCCUCCUAA